AUGACUACUGCCCUCUCCCGAAGCUCCUUUCUCGGCAUGUUCAUGGUGACUUCAGCGCUCGGGGGCGCUGUCAGUUGUAACAUCGGUUGUGCGGCUUCCCCCUCUGCAGAGGCCUGGGCUGGGUUCGUUCCGCUACCCCCCCUAGACCCAGACGCCCUGCCUGGUAGGUCAAUAUCCAUGUCGUCCGUCUGGAUCGACUCCGUGGACCGGACGGCCCUUGCCCUCCUCUUGCUCGCGGGUUCCGGGUGUGGCUCGCCUCCCCGGCUCGGUUCCAGGUCUAGUUCCGGGGUUGAUGGCCUCCGGGUUAUCUGCUUGCCCCGGGUGCUAGAACGGACCUGUGGCUGCGGCCGCGUUCCAGUGCUAGAUCGGGACCUGGACGCCGGCGCCGUACCACUGCUAGAUUUGGACCCCGAGGCCGCUGCAGGGCCUGGUUCCGACGCCUGGGAGUCCGAGGCCGUCGAAGCCUUGGAGUUCGAAGCUCCAAAUUCAUUCCAGGUGUUUAAUAAUGUUUGA